AUGGUGAGUCGAGCCGAAAAUAGAGAAUCGAUUAGGAAGAAAGAUGAACCCGAAUUGGAGCUUCGCAGACUCCAAGAACUUGCCAAGCUUGCGGCUAUACAUUACAAUGGCGAAAGAAAGUUUCAGAAAAGAACGGACCUUUCACAUGUCGUGCACGCCAGUUUACACUUUGCUCAAUUUGUGUCGACGAUGGCUAUCGAAAUUUUUCAUUACGUGCAUCACUAUAUGAAUCGACGUGCGCAAGAAAAGGACGACAAGAUCCCGUCGUUGCCAGAGGAAAGAAAUCCUAUUUUCUUCGUAUAUCCCAUUUGCAUGUUACUGAGUCUUGUUCUUAUGAUCCUCUGGCUUGUUAAAAAAAUAGUUCCCGAUAGGCCUAUAAUACCUCUCACAAUAUGCGCAGCAGGAGCUAUUCUGAUGCUUGUGACAGGAAUAAUGGAGAUGAGACACGCCGAUAUGUACAUCGACGUUGUCGAAUUUACUGACGAAGAAAUAUUGGAGCAUCCUGUCUUUAUUCACAACUUUGUAAUGUGCAUAUUAUCGCUGUUCGUUAUGACUCUGUACUUAAUUCAAACGUGGGUUCUUGUCGACCAAUGGCAGUGGAUUCGAAAGGAACGAGAUACAAGUACAGAUAUGCGAAGUUCUGAGUCUAGUUCUAGUACCGGCAAAAGUGAUAAUUCUAUACAAAAAAAGAUCAAUGAACACAAUGCUGGAAAGCAGAUUAGUGAACUACCAAUUCCUGCUUUGGAAGAAUUGACUACCCUCGCUGCGUUCUCCAAUAAUGCU